GCCUCCCUCAUGGCAGCCCUGUCUGUACCUCACAUCCCAUGGAUUUACUCCCUUCGGGUGUCUCCAGGUAACACUAGUUCAAAGGGAGGAGCCUGAGUCUGAGCUUGAGAAGGCGUGGCCAUUGUGUGACACUUCCAAUGAUGUCAGGAAGUCCGGAAGAAGUCGGCAUAGCUGGAUGAAAGAAGCGGUGUGUGGAGAUGGCUGAGGACAAGGAGCAUCUAAUUCAGGAGACAAGAAAAAGGUUUACUCAGGAGUAUUUGCAAGAUAAGGCUGACAAAUAUGAUUCUCGUGAUGUGGACAGACUACAGAAUGAUGAUGCCUUGGUGGAAAGCUACCUUGUGUGGAGGCACUAUGUAACAGAAGAUGCUCUGAAGAUGAUCGAUGAAAGCUUGAAAUGGAGGAAAGAUAUUGGUGUAAAUGACUUGAACGAAUCCACUAUUCCUAAGUGGUGUUUUGAGAAUGGAGCAACUUAUCUGCAUGGAUAUGACAAAGAAGGCAAUAAAUUGUUGUGGCUCAAGGUAAAGCUCCAUGUACGUGACGGUAAGACAAAUGACGACAAGAAAAAGUUUGUGGCAUUUUGGCUGGAACGCUAUGCCAGGAGAGAACCAGGGAAGCUGCUAACUGUCGUUUUUGACAUGCUUGAUUGUGGACUAAGCAAUGUAGAUAUGGAUUUUGUUCGGUUUAUCAUCAACUCUUUUAAGACCUACUACCCCAGAUAUCUGUCUAAGAUUGUAGUCUAUGAAAUGCCAUGGAUAUUGAAUGCUGCCUUCAAAAUUGUGAAAAGUUGGCUUGGUCCAGAGGCUAUAAAUUUGCUAAAAUUUGUGAACAAGAGUCAAGUUCAGGACUACAUCAGUGCUGAAUACUUGCCACCUCUCAUGGGAGGAACUGAUCCCUUCAAGUACAGUUAUCCUCCAUUGCCAGACGAUGACUUUCAAACGCCCUUAUGUGAGAAUGGACCAAUAACAAGUGAGAAUGGACCAAUAACAAGUGAGAAUGGACCAAUAACAAGUGAGAAUGGACCAAUAACAAGUGAGGAUGAUUCUGAAAGCAAACUGAGCGAAUCAGAUCUCCGUGACUCAGUCGAUUCCAGUGUGCCAAAAAAGAUGAGCAUCAGUGAAGACCAAAUUAAACUGGAGGAUUUAGACAAAAAUGAUACAAAGCAAAAAAACAACAACAGGAAGGCAUCAACAGUUUUUAAAGGACCUUUGUUACAUAUCAGUCCAGCAGAAGAACUGCAUUUUGGGUCCAAGGAAAGUGGGGAGCGAAAAUGUAUCAUUGUGCUGAAUAAUGUAACAAAAAACACAGUGGCAUUUAAGGUGAGGACAACUGCUCCCGAAAAAUACAGAGUCAAACCAAGUAACAGUAGCUGUGAACCAGGAGCAACGGUUGAUAUUGUGGUGUCUCUGCAUGCAGCCUUUGUAGCGUCUCUCCAGGACAGAUUCUUAGUAAUGGCGGCCGAAAUGGAACAGCCCUCUGGUGCCAGCACUCAAGAACUUUCACAGUUUUGGAAGGAGGUGUCCAGGAGUAAAGUCAUGGAGCAUAGGUUACGAUGCCACGCUGUUGAAAAUAGCAAGCCAGCCUCAUUAAUCCUGAAGUCAAACACAAUAAACCACGCUGUAUCAGACAGUGACGAUUUGCAUUUUAAGCUGAAUCAGCUGCUGGAAACUAACAGAAGACUAGAAGCACAGAUUGGACACUGCAUCUGGUUUCAGCAUAUGUUAGUUGCCUUAUUAUCCAUUCUGGUUGCCAUUGUUGCUGCUGGAGUGUAUAAGAUGAAACACCAGGACUGUUAAAUGUGUUGCUCUUCUAUCAGUUCCGCUGCCUAUGAAACCACCCGUGAGAAUAAUAGAUCUGCCCCCCCCCCACAUGACCAAAGUUGCCUUGGAAGCAGUGUUAAUGUUGUUUAAGAAACUAUUUCAUAAAGAGGUUACAGCGUUCUUCAGACAUAUAAAUGACGCCAAUAAUUGGCGUAACUUUGCUUUUGUUUUUAGUUGUGAAGCUCUACUCAUAGCUGCAAAAAUGUGAACAGUUUUGUUUUCUUAUAAAGAAGGCCAUGCAUAUCGUAGACAAGCCUGCCGCCAUGACCCUGAAUGUUAUAUUAAUGUGAGCUUUGGAUACUUCUCAAGGCAAUAUUUAAUAUUUAAGUUCUAAGCAGAUGUUGGCUAAAAGAAUGCACUACAGAAUUCUUGUGGAGCCUGUGAUUUUACCGUGUAGACCUUUAAGAAAGCUCGCUUAUUUCUCUAUACUAGUUUGCAAUUCAGCAAAUUCCCAUAUUUGUUGCCAUAGCUCUUGCAUGCCAUAAAUACUUGAGCCAUAAGUUGUCCAUCACUAAUUAAUUAGUGCCGAACAUUUGUCAGUGUGAAUAUCUCAAUGGCGUAGAUCCCAUAAAUCUAUAGAUUUGGAAGAUUUAUGACAAUGCUAUGCUACUUACUAAAACUGUAGAAUUCAGUUAUGUUGCCACUGGCUUUCAUUUGCUCUCGUCUUAGAUAAAACACAGGAACCUCCAGAGGCCAUUUGUUAAGAAGGAUAGCAUUGACAGGACAUUGCUUUCCUGUUAUAGGGUUGAAGGAUGAAUGCAUAUAGUGCAUCGAGCCAAUUAUAACCUCAGGUUUCAGUCCCUCCUUUUCCUGCUGCUACUGAUAAUGUAAAUAAAUGUUUUUAAGAUA